UCAUAUUCUUCACCUGGGUCGUCAUGUUCCGAUUCACUCACUCGCUCCUCUAGCCUUGAUGAUGGAAACCACUCGGACGCCUCAUCUUUGUCCUCGAUAGCCGCGCUUUACACCCAAAGCCGCUCUAAAUGUGGAUUUAAACAUGGAACUCGACGCGAUUCCAGGAGUCCAUGUGAUGAAAAUGAGAAAUUUGCCUCUUCUUCGGAAUCCAGUAGAUCUAAACAAUCAUUGUCGAGGCGCAGGCGUCGGGCUUCCGCCAGGGCUAUUCACGGCACCACAUCGAUGGGUGCGAGGGGAAGUCGUGUCCAUGGAGCCUUGCAUCGGGGCGAGCCACCUCCAGGUCCUCUUCAUCGAUCUGGUGCUUCUGUGUCCAGUUCUGCUGUUAUAGCCUCUCCUUCAGCAUCUCCUAACCGAUUGUCACAACAGACACGCAAUCAUCAACAGCAUGAUCCUUCAGCAGUAUCAACAUUAGCUGGGACUCGAGUUCCUCAGCCAACUAAUUCAUCCUUGUCGCAUUCUAAGGCCAGAAUUCGGAGUGCGGCUGCUCAUUUGACAGGCCAAAUUGAACCCCAUGGUUCCCUCACCUCUCGAUCUCGGUCGGGUUCGCUAUCUUCUACUGCUUCUGCUUCCUUUCCUGAUGCGAAUAGACGCAUGGGCUAUAGUUCAACCAGAGCUCUCCAAUCGCGUGUAACUCUCUCUCGAUCGCCAAAUGCUUGUCAGUACGUUUUGGUCUAA